AUGGGCGGAAUCGAGAGCAACCCGGGAUGGUCAUCGUCAAACGAAGCCAGCCCGGAAGGAGAGCGUCCUUCAGCAUCAGGAGGAGACGUACCGGCAUCUGACGGCGGCGUGGCCGGAGCUCCGCAUCCUCGUGAUGCAGCAGCCGUAACUUCUGACGCCAACGACGCCCUUACAGACAUGAUCGCACAUGCUGAGGCGCAGAUGAACCUGCCUGCAUCCGACGUGAGCACGAAAAGGCCGCCGGAGCAGGUAAGAGCCCCCUCAUCUUCAGUGCACUUUCCUCCACGAGUGGGAGAUCCCUUCAAGCUGCGCUUCAUGACCAGGCUGCAAAGUUUUGGUCGUUGCUUCAGGGAAGCGGAAGAGCUGGAAGAGGACCUCGGUGGAUCGUCCGAGCGGGGCGCGGGCAGCCGGCGCGGUAAGCGCAGGGCAAUGGAGGAGCGAGUGGUCGCCGACUUCUUUGCAAAACGCAACCAGCAGAGAGAUGCUUGGGCGGCCAGAGAGGAGGAGAUGUUCGGCCCACCCUCCCCAACGGUGCAACACGACUCUCCUACGGAUCUGGAGGCCUUGGAAGCCGAUGAUGCCAAUGCUCGAGAAGGGGAGCCGUUCGGGGAGCCGCUUCCAGGGAUUGAAGAUUUCAACGGUCCCUUCCAAGCGGUGCCUCCAAGGGAGCCACGGGUACAAGCCGACCUCCUGUUGCAUGGCGCGCCCUUGACUGGGGCUGCUUUGGAGUCGACGACGGCGCCAUCCGCUGGAGACAUCGGGGUAGUGGUACAGGACGAGGACAGCGAAGCUAUGCCAUCAACGCCGGUGGCGCCAAAGACUGGUGGGCCGGCGCAGAAGAAGCGACGCAAACGGGCGAAUUCGAACCCUGUCCCAGUGGACGAGGCAGCUCGGGCGGCCGGUCGAGCGGCUGUUGAAGCUCAUCGCCAAACUCUUGGGGCAUUGAGGGCCCCCAGAAUGCAGCGCGAGGGGCAAGCCGUACAUCAAACCGAGCUGGGCGAUUUUGGCGGCCCCCUUUAUGCGGCCCCCGUCGAUCUGGUGACUGACGCUCCCAUUCCUAACGUUGGAGCCCUGGUUGACCGCCUGCAAGCCACGCGGGACGCCGAGAAGGUGGCCGCGCGAGAGGAGUGGCUGAAACGCUACGGGCGCACGCGACCCCUAGGGGCUCCGCGUGGGACGGGGGAUGCCCCGGCCCGCACCAUCGACCAGGACCCGAGCCCCUCUUCCCCUCUGCCCUCUCUCGUCCUCCCUUCCCAGGAGGAAGACCCCGCCCUAAGCGCAGCGCAGCCCCCCACAGCAGCCCCCUCUUCACCGGUCGCGGAAGAACGGGCCCCGCCGUCGCCGCCGCCGCCGCCGGCCGACCGGCCCCCCGUCGACGAGGAUCCGGGUUUUGUUUCCCUUUCGCAGCCCCAUGAGCCCCCCGAUCACGCCGGGCACCCACCCUCUCCCCCCCUCAAUGACCAGCCCCAGGAGCCCUUCGUCAUAGCCCCGCUCCCUGACGAAAAUCCACGGCCCGAGGUGGUCCCCGGUCAGCCCCCAGCAGUCGCCCGUUCCCCUUCCCCUGCCCACCAGGAGCAGGCGCCCGUCGACCGGGCGCAAGCGCCCGACUCGCCAAAUCAGCCCCCGGCAGCGGAGCCAUGUCAGCCCACUGCAGCGGAGCCGUCCGCAGAGCCGUCGUCCGCACUUCCGCCCACAGAGCCGCCCGCGCAGCUGCCUGGGGAUCCCCCUCAGGUUGCGUCGGUCGAAGAUAGCGGGCCCGGCUGGUGCAAGAAGCUGGAGGAGGCGCUCCGGCAACGGCGGGCAAACGGGCGGGCAAUCGUCGUGGCGGAGGAUGUGCACGAGGGGGGGGCCAAGCGCUACGGCAGCUUGAAGGAUGUCGCUGCCUUGCUGGCGCACCGGAGGUCGCUCGGGCUGUCCGCGCACCUGUACGAGCUCAUCCAGGACGAUGCCUGCUGGCGCAUCUACUUCGACCUGGACCUUUCGCUCCCUACCGAGGACCCGAGCGACUUCAAACGGCGUCUGGGAGCUUUCCACCUGGUCAGGGACCGGUUCCUAACCUCGGUGCUGAACGUCCCCGAGGGUGUGCUCCGUUUCCAAGCUUGCGAGGCGCACGGUCCAGCUCGGCCCCCGAAGCAAGAGUUCAAAUUCAGCGUGCACGAGGUGCUGGAGGGUUUUUACCUGAGGGGGCUGCAAGACAGGAGGGCAUUCGGGAAGGCCUUCGGGUGCUUCUUGGAGAGUCCCCCGGACGACCUGAAGCCGUGUGUUGAGCUCCUGCGGAAGGACGGUGGAUCCGCCUACAUCUGGGACGGGUCCAUCUACGGGCGCCACCGCUGCUUCCGAUUGCUCAAGUCCUCCAAGUUCGGAGACCGUCUUCGCGCCCUCCUCCCCUCCGAGGGCAGCUCCGAGGCAAUCGCUGACCACCUAGUCUGCCUCUAUUCGGAAGCGGAGCUGGCUGGCUCCACCGAGAUCAGCGCCCACCUUCUCGGAGAGUGGGCGACCGAGCCGCGCCAGCCCCCUGUCCCGCCCCGCGUGGGGGCCUUCCGGCAGAGGGCGCUCACCCUCGACAAGGCGAGCGCCUCACAGGGGCCCGGGGAGGACCUCUCCGAGCAGGAGCGGGCCGUCCUCCUCGCCCGCUACCAGGAGGACCACGCAGGGGCCGAGAUCGACCGGGUGGUGCAGGAGCGGCCGGGGCUCUUCUUCGUCCACUUCCGGACGCCCGAUCCCUCAUGCGUCAUCGCUGGCAGGCGCCACACGUCCCCCGGCAACCAAAACCCGUACCUGAUCUACAAGCGGGACGAGCCGCGCAUCGCCCGCUACCAGUGCUUUGCCAACAGCUGCAGGGGCGAGUGCCGGGUGCUGCCCCUGGACGUUCUUACCACGCUGGGAUGGACGGAGGACUACGAGGAGAAUUUGAGAAUGCGCCCCUAUCCCGUGUUCGAGCUCGCUCACGUGCACAAGCGCACGAUCCUGAUCUUGGCCAAGAAGGGGGUCGGGAAGUCGAAGGCCUUCAUGGCCUGGCUGGUGGCCGUGGCCAGGAGGAACCCCGGCCUCAGCUUCGUCCUGAUCGGGGCUAACGUCUCGCUAUCCAGCAAGUACCACCAGGACCUGGUGGACGCGGGCGUGGAAGGCGUGGUGCUCUACCUGGAGGCGCCCCCGGGGCCCAUCACCGCCUCUCGUGUCGUCAUCUGCAUCAACUCCAUCCAUCGCGUGCGCGUCCGGAUGGACGUCGUUGCGAUGGACGAGAUGAACAUGGUGCUCACGAACCUCAACUCCGAAGUCAUGAGUCAACGGGGCCGGGUGCUGUCCUGCCUAGAGGCGGCCGUGGCGGGGUCAAAGGUCAUCAUAGGCAUGGACGCCGACAUCGAUUGCGCACGGGUGAUGGAGUACCUCUUCAUGGCGCGGCCGGAUGGGUGCCCCUCGACCUCUAAGCGCUUUGUGAAAGAGCUCGAACGCCACUUCAACGCCGAAUUUCCACCCUCCGAGUCCGAUCGGCGCGGCAUCUUCCUGCACGCAGACAAGCGGUCGAAAGCUGACGAGGACUUCUUCCAGAAGGCGAUGGCCGAGUCCGACAUCUACCUUGAGGCGGACUGCGUGGCCUUCUCUCCGAAGCUGGGCCCAGGGGUCUCGAAAGAGAGGCCGUACGCUGAGCAGACGGUCGCCUUCGCCUUCAACAGACUCGACGGUCCUACUGUUGAGACGCUGCUCCAGCAGCAUGCACGCUUUCGCACGGUCACUCACUCCACCAUCUACUACAAGCAGGCGAUGAGCACUGCAGUGGACCUGCCGCGCUCUACAGAGGCGGUCUUUCGGGCAAUCGAGCGGGACGACAAGCACAUUGUCGAGAUGCUCGGGGACGCGGCCGGCUUCCAGUUUCUGAAGGGCUCGCAAGGCAUCUGCGACCGCUCCUCAGCGAGUUGCGUCUUGUUCGCAAACAACAUCCUCGCCAAGGUGGAAAGCUAUCUGGAGUACGUGCCGAAGCUGAAGGCCGACCUUGAAAAGCAGGGUUACGAGGUGACGGUCGAGCACGUCGAGCCAACGGGCGGCCUCGGGACCCCGCCCCCGGAGGUACCCCUCGGCUUCGAUGCGGAGCCAGAGGUUCUGACCGACGAAGAGUGGCGCGCGAAGUACAUCAUCAGCUCGGAGGAGUACGAGAUCAUGUGCGAAAGGCCGGAGGACCUGAGCUCGAGACAGGAGCUCCAGACCUUCUUGUUCGAGAUGGUCACAAAGGAGUACAAGGUCGACCCUGGCCGAGUUGAUCACAACUUCUACAUCAGCUACUGCUCCGACGAGAAGGAUGCAAAGGAGACAAGAGAGGCUCACGUAAACUAUCUCAGGUUUCGCGAGCACCGCUUCGGCGCCCUCACCGCGGACUUGGACAGGGCACUCGGGCAGGUCAACAGGGAGGGCGUGAUUCAGGAGUACGUUCAAGAAGUGCGCGAACCUGUCAAUCGUGUGCCGUUUGCGGUGCGCGUCCUCGCCUUCCUCGUGGACUGCAAGGAGGAGCAGCUCGAUCAUCGGGCGGAGCGGUGGGAGGUCUCGGAUGAGCGGGUGCAGGCCGCCUAUGCUAAGCUUAUCGGGCCCAGCAAGGAUUGGUUGAAGACCAUCUUCAACAUGUUCGGCUUUGUGCAGCAGACCACCUGGCCGUCGAAGGCUGCCGAUGGGAAAGUGAGAGAGAAGAAGGCUCAGAAGCGGAAUGCAGUGGGCAACGUGCUCAGGGCGGGCCUCGGGAUCGAGCUACGUAUGGGCUCAAAGGGCGGCGGCAAAUUCAAAAAUCCCCACGUGUUGACGCCUGCCAUCUGGUUGAGUCUGCAUGAGCGGUACGGUUGGUCUACUCCAGAGACGGUCGCUAGCCCUGAGUGCAUGAUCGUGCUGAGGGGUAGUGGCCCAUAG